UUUGCGGCAAUGAUGUCAGCUGGGGCCGGCUGCUGGAGGACACAGAUGUAGCGCGGAAAGGCUGCAGGUACCGGUAGCCGUAUCCGUGUCAUGACCCAGCAGCUUAUUUCUUAAACUCGUUUUUAAAAAUAUUUAUUUUGCGCCUCCAGAAAGAGUACUUUCUCCACUGCAUCCCGUUGGAAAGUACCAGAAAGACCUCUUUCCCUUACACACACUUUCCUAUCCCAGGCGGCCUCGCCCUUUCAUUUGUCGUUACUCCUGUUCUCCGGGAGAAGUGCCGCCUCGGAGUCAUCUCCGCUGGUCUUUGUCGGGUCCCGCCUCGCACCCGUCUUGGUGCCCUGGGCGCCGGGGAGGCUGCCGGGCUCCUGAGUGCCGCGGCCGGAGGAAUGGAGCCUGACAGCGCGGAGGAGACGGGGCGGGCAGGCGCCCCCUCGCCGGGAGCGGGGUCCCGCUCUGCGCUCGCGCGCGCCUUCUCCGAGGUCUUGCUCCGUCUUACCGGCCCGGAGGCGCGACGGCGCAGCACGAGAGAUGCGGCGUUGAAAGACCUCAGUGCUCUACUAGAAGCCACAGAGUGUGCCAGAUUAUUUGAGAGGAGUGAUGAACCGCACCACAAAAUGCCUGAGACGCUGGGAGAGGUGGCAAAGGCCCUGGAGAAGUACGCGGCCCCACCCCAGGAGGAGGGAGGCGGAGACAACGGUUACUCCGGGGUGGCCGAGAAAGCAGCAGAAGUUGCACUACUGUUUCUUAAGCUCUUGAGGAAAGUCGAGGCUGCCAAGAAGUCCCCGAGUGAGGUCUGCCCUGAGUGGAAGACAGGCCUGCGUCACUUGGCAGGACCGAUCUAUGUUUUUGCCAUCACACACAGCUUAGAGCGAUCCUGGAGCAGCCCAGGAUCUCGGGCGGUGGCAGGAGAGGUGCUGGCCUUGUUGCUUCACGUUACGGACUGCGGGUCUGUGGCAGGAUUCCUGCGCGGAGAGAACGAAGAGGAGAAAGGCAGAUUUACUGUGAUCUUGGGUCUUCUCAAGCCCAGUUUGAACAAGGAAUCUUGGAAGAAUAACCCUGCUGUCAAACACGUUUUCUCAUGGACUCUGCGGCAGGUCACUCGGCCCUGGCUAAGCCAACACCUAGAAAGGAUACUUCCCCCAUCCUUGCUCAUUUCAGAUGAUUAUCAGACUGAGAACAAAAUCCUAGGUGUACGCUGCCUACAUCACAUUGUGCUUAAUGUGCCGGUUGCUGAUUUGCUGCAGUAUAACAGAGCCCAAGUCCUCUAUCAUGCCAUUUUCAACCAUCUGUACCUGCCAGAGCACCACCUCAUCGAGGCCGUGCUCCUAUGUCUGCUGGAUUUGUUCCCCGUCCUGGAGAAAGCCCAGCACUGGAAGGGCGACACAGCUCGACCAACCACACACUGUGAUGAGGUGCUGCAGCUAAUCCUGACGCACAUGGAACCAGAGCACCGCCUGCUCUUGCGUAGGACCUAUGCAAGGAACCUACCAGCCUUUGUGGGAAGGUUGGGGAUCCUAAGUGUCCGGCACUUGAAGCGGUUAGAGAGAGUCAUCAUCGGUUACCUGGAGGUGUACGAUGGACCAGAGGAGGAGGCGCGGCUGAAGAUACUGGAAACCCUAAAACUUCUCAUGCAGUACACUUGGCCCAGAAUUGCCUGCAGACUUGUGGUCUUAUUGAAGGCUCUCCUGAAACUGAUAUGUGAUGUGGCGAGGGACCGGAACCUUACACCCGAGCUUGUUAAGAACGCCCUGCUACAGGAGGCGACAGGGUGCCUAAUUCUCUUGGACCACUGCUCUCAAGGACAGGUAAAGGUAAGGCAGUCUGCAACUGGUUUCACUUGGGCCUCAUUCCAUGUAGGUAAUUCCUGUGAUGGAUUAGAAUUUACUGUUCAUGUACUGGACGAGUCUGGAAAUGACCAUGGUGGGGUUUAGGUCCCUACCUCUGUGCUCUCUAGUCUCCAGUAGUUUAAUCAGUACCGUAUUCUUUCUUUCUUUAUAUUUUUGGUGCCAAAGAUCAAACCCCAGACUGUGCUUGCUGCUGAUCUAUACCCUUAGACCCUCUUAUUUUUCCUUUAAAGUUAUUUAGAACGCCUUAGAGCAAAAAGGAAGAAAAUCAGGUAUCACUGAAGAAGAGAGAACAAGCAAAAGCAUUUUAUCGACUCUGUAACAUUUACGUUGUUCUUGUGAACUAAAAAAAAGGAAUGAACUCAAAGCCACCACAGAGUAAUAAUAAUGAUUCAGAGUAACUGAGAUACCUGAAAUGUUUCCACUUUGGGGGAGGCAGCCAUGUCUUAGGUAGAUGAUUUUCCAUUUCUUACUUGUCCGCAAGGGAAUUCCUCCACUGGUUCCACAUUCCACAAAGUCAGCCUCUCAAGACCAUAGCUUAUAAUACCUAUGUGUACAUUUAGAUGUAUUUAAUGUACUAGUUGUGUCAGUUACUGUAUGCAAGCGUUUUUAAUUGAAAAACCCUUAUUAUGUAUUUUAAACCUAAAACUGUAUGUAAGGGUUUUUAAGUGAGUGCAGCAUGAAAAUAAACUUAUAUCCUAAAAAUACUUAGCGAUAGUAUGGCUUUCAUACCUGUCCUGACCAUGAGCUCUCCUUUAGUUUCAUCCUUUUAUUCCUUCUUUGAAUACUAAGAAAGAAGAAUUUAGGUAAAAGUGGGAAAAAUAACAAUUCUGUAAAGUCACUGCCUGUUGGGUUUCAUGUUUCAGGGUCUCCUGGCCAGAAUCCCCCUAAGCUGUGAAGACAGCACAGUGGUGAGCUGCAUCAGGAGAGUGCAGCAGGGUUCGGAGCGCGCACCCUACC